AGUCGCGCGCCAACCAGGCAACACAGCGCACACCGCAGCACUCUCGAUUCCCACAUCUCACAGCGUGCGUGCGUCAAAACAAAACACCAACGAAUCGUGGACGAUUUGACGGUUUAAACUUGUCCGCAGUGUUUUUGACCUAUAAAAUGACGCGAUUUUGUUUUGCAGCGGUGUUUUUUGCGUUAAGGACGUUUUCAGUUAGUGCUUUUAACUUCGAUUUGGACCCGGUGAUCAAGGAGGCUCCCGAUAGAAAUACUUAUUUCGGAUUUAGUGUAGCUUUGCAUCAAGAUCAAGACAACAAUCCAUGGAUUUUAGUGGGUGCCCCUUUGGGCCACAAUUCUCAACCGAACACAAACAGGUCAGGGGCACUUUAUAAGUGCCCGGUGGUACACAACGGGAAAGACUGCGUACAAGUAGCGACCGACGGAUAUCGCGACGCCGGAGCGAAAUAUCACCUCGACUACGUAGACGAUGAACUUGAAGAGAAACCCGCCCAAAUGCCUCCGGGCCAGGACGAAAUCAAAGAGGAUCAGUGGCUGGGUGUCACCGUUAGAUCGCAGAAACCCGGAGGAAAAGUGGCUGUUUGCGCUCACAGGUACAUCCAGGGCGAUAACAUCCAGCAGAAUCAGAACGGAUACGGGUUGUGCUAUGUGCUCAGCAGCGACAUGGAGACGCUGGAGUUCGCUGAGGAGCCUUGCAAGGGGAAGCCCAUCAACAAAUUCCAUCAACAAUAUGGUUUAUGCCAGGUAGGUACGAGCUUGGACUUCCUUCAGGACGGAAAUCUCCUAAUGGGGGCUCCAGGUCCAUUUACUUGGAGAGGCACGAUUUUCACCACUUCUGUGGUGGGAGAAUUUUUGGACAGAGACACGCUGGUUUACCGUGGACCAUUAUCUGAUACCUCUGCACCCAUUGAAAAGUACAGUUACUUAGGUAUGAGUGUUACUGGUGGAAAAUUCUUUGAUAAAAAUCGGUACACUUAUGUCUCUGGUGCUCCGAGAUCGAACUACACGGGACAAGUGUACUUUUUCGAAAAAAAUCAAGGACAAGAGAUACUAAACAUCAGCAUGAUUUUAAACGGGGAGAGUUUUGCUUCCAGUUUUGGCUACGAAAUGCUUGCGGUCGACAUUGAUAACGAUGGGUUUGAUGACUUGGUGGUAUCGGCCCCGUUUUACUACGACGAAAACCACGGGGGGAAAAUCUACCUCUACAUGAACUUAAAAAAAUGCUUGGAACACCCCAACGAACCUUGCAUACCCGACAAAACCCUGAGCGGUGAAAAAUUCAGCAGGUUUGGGUUUUCGCUUGCGUCUGUGGGAGACAUCAACAGGGACGGUUUUAACGAUAUAGCCGUUGGGGCUCCGUACGAGAACAAGGGCAGGGGGGCUGUAUAUAUUUACUUGGGCAAAAAGGAUGGUGUUAAGGGUGAACCGCAGAUCAUCACCCACAAACGGGCGAAAACUCUCGGGUACUCUUUGAGUGGUGGUCUGGAUAUGGACAGUAACGGAUAUCCGGAUCUGGCCGUGGGAGCGUACGAAUCCGACGCUGUUUUGUUGUACAAAACGCUGGAAAUCAUCAACAUCGACAUCACUGUGUACAGCAAAGAUAAAGAUAACAUCAACGUCAUGAAAAAAGGCUGCGAAGCGGAUAAGAGUUCGAACAACACUUGUUUUUCGUUCAGAUCGUGCAUAAAAUUUACCGAAAAGCCCGAAAAGAACUUAAACUUGCGGUACUCGAUCUACGAGAACUCCACCAUUCGUAGAAUUUGGUUCAGGCAGGAAAAGUAUGAGGGAAAAAGUAACAGGGUCAAUUCCACCCUAACUAUUAAACAUUUGGAGCACUGUACGGAAAUGACUGCUUACAUUGAAGAAUACGUGGGAGAUUUUUUGAAACCCAUACAGCUGGUAGCGCAAUAUACUUUGGAUGACAGUCGAGAUCAGAAGUAUAUUUUGAACAAAACUUCCACAAAAUCGUUUACUGCCACCUUCCAGAAAAAUUGCGGUAACGAUGACAUCUGCAAUUCGGAUUUGCAGUUAAAAGCCUCAACACAUUUGAAGAAACACGGAGAUGGCACCACUUACACCGCAUUCUCCACGAAAGAAGAACUCCUAAUAAACGUGAACAUCGAAAAUAAGAAAGAAGACGCGUACGAGGCCAAACUUUUCAUCGACCAUCCCGAAGAACUCAGCUACAUAGCUCUAAAAGUGGACAACAACAAAAAUUCGAGCACCGUCAAAUGUUCGAGCUACAACAAAACUUUGGUGCAGUGCGAUCUGGGGAACCCGAUGAAAUCCGGCAAGACAGAGGAGGAAACUCUUCGGUUCGAAAUUAUAUCCAGCGCCACUUCCGUGCUUAACGUCAAAGUUUACGUCAACACCUCCUCCAUCGAUUUGUCCAUGAACACCAGGAAGGAAUUUUCCAUUGUUUUGCAGAAAAUGGCCGACUUCACGUUGAUUGCAAAAGCGACAUCGAACCUCUUCUACAGAAGCGACGGUAUAAGAGGCGAAUCGGCGAUGUCAAAACUUGAAGACAUCGGCCCCAGGAUAACGCACGUAUACGAAAUCGAAAACGGCAACGAGUGGGACCUCACGAAUUUUACUGUAGACAUUUUGUGGCCCUACCAGGUGGAAUCCCGAAACGAAAGGGCCGGCAAAUGGUUGCUGUAUCUAGAAGCCACACCCAUGUGGAACAUCACCACCGGAAAUGGAUCUGUUAACGUUGGUGCUUGUGUGGUGGAAGAGCCGAAAAUAGUUAACCCACUCAAGCUGACGGGUACCAAUCAGUUCGAAGAACCGGAAAACCUUCUGGAUUCGAGAACCACCUAUAGAAGAAGAAGGUCCUCCGACGAGAAGAGCAGAUUCAAGAGAGACAUCGAGUAUAUAGUGCCGGCAAAGUUGAAGAAAGUCAACGAAAAAGUCAGCAGAGUGGUGGAAAUGAAUUGUUUGUCUGCCGAUCCAGACGACCCGGCAUCGGCUCGCUGCGUCAAAAUUCAAUGCAAAGUGGACCGAUUGGAAAAAAAUCUUAAGGUCAAGUUCGAGGUCCGUUCAAGGCUUUGGAACUCGACUUUGGCCGAAGACUACAAAACUGUGGACUGGAUUUCGAUCAAAUCCAGGGCCAAAAUCAAUUUGGACAAGGAGUUUAUACUGAAGAACAACACAUUGGAUUAUGCAGCGGCUGAUACAAAGUUGUAUCCGGAAAGCAUACAAACAAGCCUUAGUUAUUGGUACAUCAUAGUGGCAGUUCUUAUUGGAAUUUUGCUGCUAGUAAUUUUAAUAGUGGUUCUAUGGAAAUGCGGCUUCUUCAAAAGAAAUCGCCAUACAAAAGAUCCCACGUUAAAGGGGGCGAUUUUAUCAUCGGAAGAAAAGGAGCCCUUGAAAGGGUCAUAGGUAGUAUCAAAAAUACGUUUUUGACCUUUGACAGGUCUACAUGUGAUAUAAUAUAAUUAGGUGCUAGAUUUUGUACAUAGAACAGUACUUAAAGUCUUUAUUUAAUUUUGUGUACUUCUUACCUCUGAAAUGCACUCCAUUUGGACAUCGAAAAAAUUCCAAACUGGCUGGACUUUGUAUAUGGUGGAAUGCCCAAAUCUAUGUUCCCUGCUCGGGCGCCAUUUUUUUAAGAAAAAAACCGAAUCGUUAUAUCUUGUUUCCUAUUGGUCGGACAAAUUUUUUUUUAAAACCAAAAAUGUACAGCUUGAAAUUUUGAACACAUUUGUUUACAGGCAAGAUAGAG